UUGAGCACUGUUUGCAUCAAGUGUUUCCUAGCUUGGUUUGUGGCAGCCUCUAUAUAGGGUGUCACCAUGAGGUUCAAUGCUAAGGAGAUGGCAGCACUGGCCAAGGAACCCAAGGACAAGUUUGACCAGGAGGGGGUCCUAUGGGUGAAAGAAAAACAGGAAGGAUUAUUCCGAAAAGGGGAAGUGUAUGUGCAGAGAUGGUGCCGACUGCGUGGAAAUGUCCUGUUUUACUUCAAAUCUAAAGAGCCAACAUCAGAACCUUAUGGUGCAAUUAUUCUUGAGAGAUGUACAGUUGAACUAGAUCUCAAGGAAGAAAUGCAGUUCUCUUUCCAAAUUGUGUUUGAGGGUGAUGACAGAGUCCAGUUUUUUGCUGCCCGUACAGAAGAAGAGCGAGAUACAUGGAUUGAAGUCCUCCACAUAGCCAGCUAUGAGUGUCUCAAGAUGCAGUUGGAGAGUCUCCGUGAGCAGAUCAGGAAUAAAACUGGGAAGGAUCCCAUUGAUGACCCCGACCCCACAGUACUAGAGGAUAACACAGAAACAGGGGGUGAUGCAGGCACUGAUGAUCCAGCAGUGGAAAUCUGCAUAACCUGUUCUGGCCUGCCAAAGGAGCCCAAUGGCAGGACCCCCAACCCAUUUGUCAGUAUUCACAUCAUGGCCCCACCAGAUCAACAAUGGCUGGGACACGCCCAUACUGAGGUCGUGGAGAAAGAGUGCAAUCCCAUAUUUCUGAAGACAGUCAGCUUCAGUGAGUCAAGUGUCCUUAGAAAGUCCACCAGAGUGAAGCUGGUCAUCUUUGACUGUAAAGAGCGACUGACCGGCACGAUGUCUCAGAUUGGCCAAGUUAUUUUCACACUGUCAGAUUUAAUCACUGCCCCAGAUAACAGACUCACACUGAGACUCAAUUCGUCAGACUUUAGUGAGGGAGGCACAGUCACUGUGAUGUCAUGGGAAAAUGAUGAGUAUGCCACCAGAAACAGUCGGAUGACAACGGGGUCUUUAGAAGAGGAGAGCAGUAGUGACCAAGACGGGCCUGUACGUCCUCGAAGAAAAAGCAGUAAAACCAAGUGUCGAGAUAUGCUCAAGCCUUUCUAUAACAAUAUCAUGACAAAAACCUUCAGGUUUCCCACCAGUGAUGGGUCUAUGAUUAGCGUGCAUGAGUACAUGGGGGAGAGCAAACUGUGUUUUUACUUCCCACAGUUACUGCUCAAAGAGUGGAUAACAGAAGAGAGGGCAAGGAUAGAGCAGCUGCAGGACUUGGGAGAGCUUGUAGAUAUAUGGCACCAAAUGCGGCGAGAGUUGCUGGAUGCCUUCCACAAAAUGGUCGCUAAGUACACAGAAAGUUGCAAAUAUCUGUCUCAGGAGUUUCAAGGUGUGACCUUCAAGGCCAGUGCCAGGAAAGGCGACAGAGAUGUGGAGUUCAUUCCAGUCAAUUUACAUCUACAGAGGAUGUGGGUCACAAAUGAAAAGAAAAAAACAAGUGGCUGUUAUGAUAUUGUGACUGUAGGAAGUUUCACAGCAUAUGCCCAAAAAUACAAACAAGGUGGAGUCAAAAGAAUGAUGCAACAACAACAAGAACUUUUACACAGCUCUGGACACAAGGACAGUAGACUCACAGAUCUCAAUAAAUUAUUAGAUAAAUUGAUAUCUUUACGGAAGGCAGUGCAAUAUGACGCCGAGAGUGUCAGUCGUGCAGCAUUACAGGGGAGCGCAGAGGAACUGAUCAAGGCGUCUUCUCUAGUGACUGAUAAGACUCGACAGCUGCUCCAACUACUGGAAAUAAAGAUGAUGGAGGAAGGAAUUACAAGUUACGACAAGGCAAAACAAGAUUUGACUGAUGGGUCUUCAGCUCAAACAAACUCUACAGAAUCAAACGAUAUUCAUGGAAAAUUGAAAUCCGAUUCUCAAGACAAGGUUCUCAAUGAAUUACAAUCGAAACUAAGUCAGAAAAACUCCCCCAAAGUAGGUAGAGUUCGCUCAGAAAAGAUUCCUGAUAAAAAGCCCUCUGUUUCAUCCGUAGCAGAAGGCAGAGACUCAUUGUUGAGCACUAGUUCCUCAGAAUAUACCCCAACUACCCCAGUGCCACCUGGUGGUGAGUGGAAAUGGAGUCCGUUACACACUGCUGCCACUGACUCCACAGAGCCUUGGGACAUGAACCAAGUUAACCUUGAGGCGGCCUUGAUGUGUCUCACCUCCAAGGUAGAUGAGAUCCUUCGUCAGGGGGAGACGCGGGCUGGAGGUAGCAGUACCUGGUUAGAGGAGGUCAACCCUCUCUUGGUGCGCCUACGAGGCUGUGUUGAACUGGUGUGUCGGAGGGCCAGUCAUGGUCUCACCUUCCUCGCUCUGCAGGAACAGAGUUAUAACAUCCCAUUGUGGCACACAGUGAAAUACAGGAGAGAUGUCACCUUCUCACAGGCACUGACAUCUGUGACUACAGGAUUCCUGACUAAACUACGCAGCAGUAUUACCAACGAGACCUUCCUCCAGCAGCUGUAUAAGAUCGGACUUCUGAUCAACUUUGAGAGCCUCCUCUCCUGUCAUGGCGACGAGAUGGGGAUGUUGGAGGACCACAUAGUCGCCAUUAAUGACAUGAAAAACGUGACUUUUAAAAUCAUUCAAGCAAGCAAUGCAGAUGAGAUUUUACCAACUUUAUCUGGCAAAAGAGGCAGCUAUGUAGUACAAGUGCCUUGCCCUGAUACCAUGUUCCACCUCCUUCCCAGGGAGAUACAGAGGGGAUAUGCCAUCCGCGUAGUUCCGGUUAUUUUCACUAUGGGGAUCAAUGAGCAUGCUACUCUGGCAGACAAAUUUGGGGACACCAAGCUACAGGAACAAAUAAAUCAAGAAAACUUUGAGGCUCUCAGCUCAUAUGUUUCACAAUAUUUUGACCAUUUCAAAGAGUCAAACCCAGGCCCAAACUCAGUUGAAGAACAAAUGAAACUGUUGAAGUACAACAUAAACUCAAAGAAGAGCAAGAAUGUGGAAAUAUUACACAUAUCUGCGGAGAUUUGUCGCAACAUGAAUGGUAUCCGUUUUACAAGCUGUAAGAGUGCCAAGGACAGAACCGCCAUGUCUGUAACGCUGGAACAGGUUCAGAUUCUCCAGCGGGAGCACAAUCUGGCGCCACACGUGUUCUCGCAUGCCCUAGAGUGCUUCAGGAGUGAGGGGGUGAGGAGGCACAAUACAUUUAAGAACACUGGAAUCAGCAAAUAUGCCUUCAAUAGUAUCCAGCUCAUGGCGCUGCCUAAACUGUACAGGCCGCCCAAUGGGACCUUCGGUAAUGUCGCCUCAUGAUACCCACCUGAUCUAGCAGACGCUGAGAUGGUGACCUAUUUUAUCAAUGCUUCAAUGGUAUUCCUCCGCUACUCAUUCCAAAAGCAUGCCUUAGUGGAGAUUGAUAAGUUUCUGUUAAAUGCAGGGGAAAGGUGGAAUGCUGCUUUGGUGUCAUCAUUUCUUGCUUCUAUUUGCACAGUUGUAGCAAGAAGACCUGGGGUCUAGCACUUGGUGCUUUUAAACUAUAUACAUUUCAGUGAUGACAGUGGAAUGUAAAGAUUCUUAUACUUUUCACAAC